GAAUCAGAAAUUAGAAUGAAGAUGUAAACACAUGCCACGCCUUUUUAUCAUAGACGAACAAUAAAUUGUGUUGCAAGAUAUAUUAUUAUUUGAAUUAAAUAUGUAUUCGUAUUUAUUUAGAACAAUAUAUCUGUAUUUAUUAUUAUUGUUUAUAAUAGUAGGAACUGAAGCAAUUCGCUGUUAUCAAUGUAGUAGUGAUACUGACCCUAAAGGGGAAGAUUUAUGUGGAGCAUAUACAAAAUUUGAUAAAGAAAAAAAUAUUGCUGUAGAAUGCAAUAGUGAAGAAUCAAAUAUGCCCGGUACAUUCUGUGUUAAAAUAACACAUCAGAGCCCUCGUGGUUUUAUUUGGAACGGUAGAUGGCGCCAGGUGAUCCGUCGAUGUGCUUCAGUAUCUAGUACCGGAGUUACGGGUGUUUGUAACUGGGGAGUUUAUGAAAAUGGAGUGUAUUGGGAAGAAUGUUCUUGUUCGGAAAAUUCUUGUAACGGAGCAUCAACAUUAUCAUCAUUUUCAAUAAUCAUUUUAUUGAUCUUUGGUAUUUCAAUUACCAUAUUUUUCUUAUGAAAAUAGAGAAUAUAAGAAUAUAAAAUAUAUCGAAGAUAAUCUAUGCUCGCAAAUAUUUAAUUAUUUAGAUAUUUUUUAAUAUAUUUUUGAUUUCAAAAUAUAUUUAAAUAAUUAAAUAAUAUUAAAAUAAUUAUGUUUAAUUUUCAUAAUAUAUGUAUUUUAGAAUGAAAAGAUAAUUUCCUAUAUCAUAAAUUAAUUACUAUUAAGACAUUUUAUUAAUAGCAACUUAUAUAUUAUAUUUGUUCAGAUAAAGAAAUAUUGGUUUAAAAAAAUAUUGAAAAAAAUCACAAUAUUAAUAUAAUUAGAAUAUGAAUUAUAACAAUAAAACUAUUUCACAUAUACAGGGUGUUUAUAAAAAUGUAAUACACUUUUGAAGAAUGGAUUCUUGAUAUCAAAAAUUCAUAUACAUAUAUGUCCGAUAAGACUUAAUUAAGGAAUUAUGAGUAUUUUAAAUUUAUAUUAGAUAGAACGAGUCGGCGAAACAGUGAGAAACGCUUAACUAGGUGACAGGCAACGCAAUAGUACCAUAUUGCAAUAUCUCUUGCAUAGCGGAGUUUUUCAAUGAAAGUAAAUAUAUUGAUAUUUUUUUAUAUAUAAUUGAUUAUUUCAAAUGAAUUUCAACAUAAGAUAAUAUAUAAUGUACAUAAAUAUCAUGUAAUGUAGCAACAUUUUUAUAUCAUUUUUAUAACAUUUAAAAAAAAUUUUAAUUAUGCAAAUUAAAAUCUAUAUAAAUAGUUAUUUAAUAGAAAUUUACUUCAGAUAAAUUAUAGCAAAUUCCAUAAUAUUUGAAGUUGUAUGAUGAUUGUACAAUAUUUCAUUUAAAAUCAUAGAUGAAUCGUACUUCAUUCAAUCUGCUGUACUUAUCGAAAUCCAUAAAAGCAAAUCAAAACACAUUUCUAUAAAAUUUAAAAUUAGAAAGGUUGAAUUUUUAUAUGCACAAUUACUUUUUUAAUUAUUUUUACAUGUACAAGAAAAUCCGAAAUAUUAAUGAUAGUUGAAUCAAUUUGAAUUUCAGUUUAUUAAAUUAUUCAAUCAAAUCAUUGAAAAAUAUUUAUCUUUAUUUCACUUGCAUUAAAUGUUUUUCAUUCUUCUGUAGAGAGAAAUAAUAAUCGAUCUGAAUAUUAUUUAUUAAUAAUAUGAAUCAAUAUUGUUACUAUUUUAGCAAUGGAAAAGAUUGAUCUAGGCUUUCGUAUUCUUAUACUUAAAAUAUACAAAUAUAAUAUUCGAUUUCGAAUAUUACUAUCUCAUUUUUUUUUCUAUCAAGUCUCUUUUUUUAACGUCCAGCAUUCAAUUAUUAGCAGCACUAUUUCAGCAAUACUUUGUUGCGGAAUUAGAAUUUGAUGAAAUAAUACAUAUUUAAAUAUUCAUUUAAAAUAAAGUUUUAAUUAAAUAAUUUUCAUAUAAAAUUGUACAAUAAUAAUCGAAAUAAUUUUAUUCAAAGAAAUUAAUGUGAAUAGUGAAUAAAAAAAAUUUAAUAUGCAAAUAAUAUAAAAAAGAAAAAUACAAUGUUUAUGAUUUUUUUAGUAUAUAAAAUAAUAGCAUUAGUAUUAAAAUAUAAAUAUUGAAUUUAAAUGAAAUAGAGACAGAAAUUUUUCAAGUUUUUCAAUUGCUUCAAUUGAUCUAUGAAUUUCAAAUUGAUUCAAAUAUCGUUAAUAAAAAAUAUAUUCAAUCUUUUUACUCUGAAAUCUUCUAUAGAUUUCCUAUAGAUAAGUAGGCAAAUUGAGUAUCAUAUAACAAUUCAACUUUGGAUUUAAAUAAUAUAUUUGUAUCAUAAAAUAAUUUCUCUAUGGAUUUAUAUAAAGUAGUUUAUAUGUUAAUAUUUUGGAAUUUACUUAUUCGAGGUAAGUUUUGUUAAAUACGUUACAUAAUAAUCAAUUGUAUAUAAAAAAAUAUUAGUAUAUUUAUUUUCAUUGAAGGGCUUCGAUAUUGCAAUACGCUACUGCCGCACAUUCAAUUCGUUCUCGCUGUUUUGCCGUUUCGCUCUAUCUAAAUAUAAACUUAAAGUACUUAUAACUCCUUAAUUAAGUUUUAUCAAACUAUAUGUAUGAAUUUUUUUUAUCGUUUUGUCUAGAAUCCACCCAAAAAUGUUUCACAUUUUUAUAAACAUCUUGUAUAUUUCAAAUUAUAUAUAUAUAUAAAAUGUAAUUUAAAUAUUUUUUAUUUAUUUAAGAAAUAGUAUUAUUUCAUUUAUUUCAUAUUAUAUAUUAAUGUAAUGAAAUUUUAUCAUUAUAUAUAAAAUAGUGUUUUAAAAUGACAUAAAAUUUAUACUUAAGAUCAAUAUAUAACACAAAUAUCCGUCCAUAUUAAAUGUUUUUUUAUAAAUUUAUUUACAUAUUUAAAAUUAAUAUAUGACACAAUUAUCCGUCCAUAUUAAAUAUGUUUUAUAUGAAAUUUAUAUUUAAAAUUAAUGUAUGACACAACACAAUUCAUUUUAUGUUAUUUUUAUAAGUCAUUGAUAAAAAAGUAAUAAAUUAAAUAAAUUAAUUAAAAAUAUAUUUUAAUGUAUUAUAAUUGAAUGUAAAUAAGAGAUAUUUUUUGUACAUGUAUAUAUUAUUUCAUUGUAUAUAUAUUAUUAUAUUAUAUAAUUAUAUUAUUAUAUAGUGAAAUUUAUGAAUGAAAGAAUAUUAUGAAAAUAUUAAACAAAUGAAUUUUAUAUUUGAGAUAAUAAGAUUAAAGUAUGUAAGAUAAAGUAUGUAAGAUAAAGUUAAAAGAUAUUAAAAUUUUAAGUAAAGCAAUAUAAACCAUGAA